AUGGCGCGGGUCGUGAACCUCAACGAUGAGGUUGUGAAGAUGAGAAGAGAAGUGAAGAAGGCCAGAGUUUUGACAAUUCGCAAGCUAACUCGACACAUUACAAAACUAAAGGCAAAAAAGGGUACUGAAGAUGCAGUACAGAAAAAUCAUAAACGUGCGCAGAGGCUACUGGAAGAAAUUCAUGCUAUGAAGGAAAUAAAACUUGAUCAAGUUACCAAACUAGCUCUUGGUGGAGAAAUUAAUUUUGAGCUUGUCUGCAAAAAGCCUGAUUCUACAGCAAUGGACAGAGCAAUUGCUAGACUAGCAACUCACCCACUCCUGAAGACAAAAAUUGCUGAUAUUAAAGCUGCUGUAAAAGCCUUCAAAGAUGCAAGACAGAAGCCUGCUAGAACUAUUUCUUCUGAAGAGCAUAAAUCGGAAGAACAGCUUACCAAACAACCCGAAGUGACCCAGCAUUCCAGUAGCAGUGAACUUAACCAAAUGUUUAAACAAGGCAAAACAGAGGUGAGAGAAAAGUCAGGCACUGACAUGGGAAAGAACCACAUUUGCAAGAAAGAGGAGCAAAAAGCAAUGGACAUUGAGAAGAAAUGCCUCUCCGAUGAUUCUACUUUGCGAGCUUUCAAGCAUCAUAAAUUAGUUCCUGAAAGUCAACUGGAAAUGGCAGUAUGCCCAGAAAGAAAGAAAUGUCCAGGAGAUCUCCUGUGUGGGGCAGAAUAUGAAUCGGAUAGCGAUGCAGGUAACACUGAAGAAGAUGCAGGUGAGGAGGAGUACUUUGAUGACAGCACAGAAGAGAGAUUCUAUAAUCAAUCUUCUGGCUCGGAUGAAAGUGACGAUGAUGAUGAUUUCUUCAUUGGCAAAGUAAAAAGGAUGAAGAAGAAGGGGGCAGCUGAUCUCUCAUCACUUGCCAAAGAUAAAGUGAAAGGCAUGAUGGUAAAAAAAGCAAAGUGUUCACAAUCUGACUCAAUUCAAAAGCCAGAUGUACCAGGCAGCUAUCCAAGUGCAAAAGUCAAGAAGCUAGAAUCUACAUUUUACUCUUCAUUGUCCAACUCUAAACAGAAAUCCAAGAAUGUAAAAAGAACUCCUAGAGAUCAUCUUUCCAAAAACAAAAUAAUGGUUUUUGGAAGAAAAAGCCCACAGAAACAGUUGCCCAAACGUGCAGCUAUAAAGCAGGAUCUUAAGAGAGAACAGGUGGCAAAACCCCUUCAUCCUUCAUGGGAAGCAAGCAGGAAACGUCGAGAGCAAACUUCUCAGAUCACAGUAUUCCAAGGAAAAAAGAUUAUAUUUGAAGACUAAUUUUU